CCAUGAAGGAUUUUCUAUAUUUUAGCGAAAUGUGUUCAUUUCGAAAAUAUAGUGGGAGGGGCUUAUAAUCAUGUGUUUGAGCAUCGCAGCCCUCCUGCUCCACACCACCGCCGCCCUGACGUCACUGCCAGGAGCUGUCCACGCGGCGGUGGUGCUGAAGCUGAACAAGAUGGCUGUGUGAUGAGGAGCGGAGAGCCCAGAGAGGAGGCGGCAGAGGGGAAGUGUCUCACAUUUGGACAGACACACCAUUAACCAGGAGGAGAUAGAGACUGAGGUUUUCUCCACCCUCAAAGUGUCAAGACUUAUUUCUGAGCAGCGUGACGAGCCUCGCCAGGCCCCGUCCCCGGUCGACGACAGGCUUCUCCAUCUCCUUCCUACCAAGCUGCACAGCGAUUGCACAUAUUAGCCCAGUUAAAAAAAAAAAAAGGCGAAGUGAAGAAGCUGGACCCUGCACUAUAGGUGCAUAUAAGAGAUGUCAUUGCUGUGUGUUGGAGUGAAGAAAGGCAAGCUCGAUGGACCCCAAGAGAAAUUUAAUACAUACGUGACCCUGAAGGUGCAGAAUGUUAAGAGCACAACCAUUGCUGUGCGCGGCAGUCAGCCGUGCUGGGAGCAGGAUUUCAUGUUUGAAAUAAACCGCCUGGAUCUGGGCCUCACAGUGGAGGUCUGGAAUAAAGGGCUGAUCUGGGACACCAUGGUGGGCACCUUAUGGAUCCCCCUGCGUAACAUACGGCAGUCCAAUGAGGAGGGUCCUGGUCAGUGGCUGACCCUGGACUCUAAUGUGAUCAUGGCUGAAAAUGAAAUCUGUGGAACCAAAGACCCGACCUUUCACAGGCUGCUGCUUGACACCCGCUUUGAACUGCCACUAGACAUUCCAGAGGAAGAGGCCCGGUACUGGGCCAAGAAACUUGAACAACUUAAUGCCAUGAGAGAUCAAGAUUAUCAAGAGGAACAGGAGCGACCACUACAAGCACCAUCCACACAGUGCUGUAAUUGGAGUCUGUGGGGAGAUCAACAGAACGAGGACCCAGACAGUGCUGUCGACGACAGGGACAGCGAUUACCGCAGUGAGACCAGUAACAGCAUCCCACCUCCAUUCUACACCACCUCUCAACCCAACGCUUCCAUGCACCAGUACCCCAUGAGACACCAGCAGUACAGCCACUCCUAUGAUGACGAAAUCCACGAGCUGGACUAUGACCACAGAGCCAUAAGACACUAUGAUAGUUUAGACUCUGCCACCAACGGGCGCAGCGAUAUCGACUCAGGCUCAGGGUCAAGCCGGCGCACCAGUCGUCAGUAUUCACUAGACAGUAGGCAUUCACUGUCCGAUAGUCCCACAGAUAGUCGUUACGCCUCAUCGGGUGAGUUGAGUCGAGGCAGCUCUCAGCUCAGCGAAGAGUUUGUUCCCGAGGAUGGCGAGAGUUUGCGAGGUUCGGAGUUCUAUGAUGAAAACGACUCCUACCACUCCUGCCACUCCUCUGUCAGCUAUGGCAAAGAGGAUUCCCCGGACUGGGAUGGUGAAGGCAUCUACAGUGACGAGGGAGGCUAUCUCAAAGAUGGAGGGGAGGAGGGGGCACUGUAUGACGAAGAGGAGGGAGAGAUAUAUGGGGAGGAAAGAGAGUACAACUACGAAGAUGAGGAGGAGAUGCCAUAUGAGGGAGAGGAAGAUAUGUAUCCACUUGACAGCACACUCGGUGAAUUCCAGGAACCGACCUACACACCCACAAGCACUGCCGACACCUUGAUGCCACCUUCCGACAGUCAGUCAUCCUCCAGGCCCCCUCUGGAGAAGCAGGCAUCAUUGCAUCAGCAUCACCCUGCCCAUGAUCAGCUCCAGCCACCAAGCACUGCCCCUGGUCUAUCUACUGCCUCACAGGAUGACAUGUUACCCCCUUUCAGUUCAGACUCCACAAAAGCUCCCUUUGCACUGUUACAGCCAGAUAUAUCGACCACCGCUACAUCCACCCCUUCAACCACAAUACCAGUCCCAGCUCCAGACUCCAAGCACAUGGAGCCUGAGCGCAAAUCUGAGGCACCACUGGAGGAACCUCAACCCCCUGAGAAGCCUCCAGCAGCAGAGGGAGUUCCUCAGGCUCCUGAAGAGAAAACAAAGGAGCCUUUUGUCCCAAGCUUCCCAAGGAGAGAAAUAAUGGAGCCUGGUCCUGCCAGAGCCAAAGCUAACUGGCUUCGACUUUUCAGUCGAGUGCGGCUACAGCUGCAAGAGGCUCGAGGAGAAAGUGUCGGCAUCGCCUCUCUGCUUUUAUCAGCAGGAAUGGGCGGAGCUCUGUACAGCAUUGACAGCAUGCCAGACCUCAGGAAGAGGAAAGCUAUGCCCCUGGUCAGCGAUCUGGCUAUGUCUUUGGUUCAGAACUCCAGGAAGGCAGGCAUCACAUCAGCUCUGACUUCCAGCACCCUCCACAAUGAAGAACUGAAGAGUCACGUCUACAAGAAGACCCUUCAGGCGCUCAUAUAUCCCAUCUCCUGCACCACUCCACAUAAUUUUGAGGUGUGGACAGCCACCACCCCCACUUAUUGCUACGAGUGUGAGGGACUGCUGUGGGGUAUCGCUCGCCAGGGCAUGCGCUGCACAGAGUGUGGAGUCAAAUGCCACGAAAAGUGCCAAGAUUUACUCAACGCUGACUGUCUGCAAAGGGCAGCAGAGAAAAGCUCUAAACACGGUGCGGAGGACCGAACCCAGAACAUCAUCAUGGUUCUCAAAGACCGCAUGAAGAUCCGUGAGAGGAACAAACCAGAGAUAUUUGAGCUCAUUCAGGAAGUGUUCACCGUCCCCAAGUCCACCCACGUCACCCAGAUGAAGCAGAUCAAACAGAGCGUGCUCGAUGGCACCUCUAAAUGGUCGGCCAAGAUCAGCAUCACAGUGUUGUGUGCCCAGGGUCUACAAGCUAAGGAUAAAACUGGUUCCAGUGAUCCUUAUGUCACUGUCCAGGUGGGAAAGACCAAAAAGAGGACAAAGACCAUCUAUGGCAACCUUAAUCCUGUCUGGGAGGAGACAUUUAAUUUUGAGUGUCACAACUCCUCAGAUCGCAUCAAGGUGAGAGUGUGGGAUGAGGAUGAUGACAUUAAGUCACGAGUGAAACAGAAGUUCAAGCGGGAGUCCGACGAUUUCCUCGGUCAAACCAUCAUCGAGGUCCGCACUCUGAGCGGAGAGAUGGACGUCUGGUACAAUCUCGACAAGCGUACAGACAAAUCAGCUGUAUCUGGAGCUAUCCGCAUGCACAUUAAUGUAGAGAUCAAAGGAGAGGAAACAGUCGCCCCAUAUCACGUUCAGUACACCUGUUUGCAUGAGAACCUCUUCCACUAUGUGACGGACAUCCAGAACAACGGUGUGGUAAAAAUCCCUGAUGCUAAAGGGGAUGACGCAUGGAAAGUGUACUUUGAGGAGACUCCGCAGGAGAUUGUAGAUGAGUUCGCCAUGCGUUACGGAGUGGAGUCCAUCUACCAGGCAAUGACCCACUUUGCCUGUCUGUCAUCGAAGUACAUGUGCCCAGGUGUGCCUGCAGUAAUGAGCACCCUGCUGGCUAACAUCAAUGCCUACUAUGCCCACACCACGCAGGCAACUAACAACGUCUCUGCCUCUGACCGCUUUGCUGCAUCCAACUUCGGGAAAGAGCGAUUUGUCAAACUUCUAGAUCAGCUGCACAACUCUCUGAGGAUCGACCUGUCCAUGUACCGAAAUAACUUUCCAGCCAGCAGUCCAGAGAGGCUGCAGGACCUGAAAUCCACAGUGGACCUCCUCACCAGCAUCACCUUCUUUAGGAUGAAGGUCCAAGAACUCCAGUCUCCACCCAGGGCCAGUCAGGUCGUGAAAGACUGUGUCAAAGCCUGUCUCAACUCCACCUACGAGUACAUCUUUAAUAACUGCCAUGAGCUGUACAGCCGCGAGUAUCAGACAGACCCGGCCAAGCAGGGGGCUGUGCCUCCAGAGGAGCAGGGACCAAGCAUCAAAAAUCUGGACUUCUGGUCCAAACUCAUCACACUUAUUGUUUCCAUUAUCGAGGAGGACAAGAACUCCUACACGCCCUGCCUAAACCAAUUUCCACAGGAGCUGAACGUGGGUAAAAUCAGUGCAGAAGUGAUGUGGAACCUGUUUGCUCAGGAUAUGAAAUAUGCAAUGGAGGAGCAUGAAAAAAAUCGUUUGUGCAAGAGUGCAGAUUACAUGAACCUGCACUUCAAGGUCAAGUGGCUGUACAAUGAGUACUGCAAAGACCUGCCGUUCUUCAAGAGCCGAGUACCUGAAUAUCCUGCGUGGUUCGAGCCAUUUGUCAUCCAGUGGCUGGAUGAAAAUGAGGAAGUGUCUCGAGACUUUCUGCACGGUGCUCUGGAAAGGGACAAAAAAGAUGGGUUCCAGGUCACAUCAGAACAUGCUUUGUUCUCCUGCUCUGUGGUGGAUGUGUUUUCCCAGCUCAACCAGAGCUUUGAGAUCAUACGGAAGCUCGAGUGUCCAGAUCCACAGAUUGUAGGACACUACAUGAAGCGUUUUGCUAAGACCAUCAGCAAUGUACUUCUGUCCUAUGCUGAUAUAAUCUCUAGGUUGUUUGCCAACUAUGUCUCCAUGGAGAAAGUGCCCUGCAUCCUGAUCAACAACAUCCAACAGUUGAGAGUUCAGCUUGAGAAAAUGUUUGAAGCGAUGGGUGGAAAAGAUUUGUGUGUAGAGGCCAGCGACAUUCUGAAAGACCUGCAGAUUAAGCUCAACAAUGUUAUGGAUGAUCUCAGCAGGGUCUUUGCUGUCAGUUUCCAGCCUCAUAUUGAGGAAAAUGUGAAGCAGAUGGGAGACAUCCUGGCUCAGGUGAAAGGAACUUCAAAUGUGGGAAAUGCCAGCAGUGUGGCGCAGGAUGCUGACAAUGUCCUGCAGCCCAUCAUGGAAUUUUUGGACAGCAACCUGACUUUGUUUGCUAAGAUCUGUGAGAAGACUGUGCUGAAACGUGUGCUGAAGGAGUUGUGGAAGCUGGUGAUGAACACCAUGGAGAAGACCAUCGUGUUGCCACCACUCACAGACCAAACGAUGAUUGGGAGGCUGAAGAGUGCUUCUCACAGUGAUGGAACUCAGCUCAUCUUUAACGCUGCUAAGGAGCUCGGGCAGCUGUCCAAGCUAAAGGAGCACAUGGUUCGUGAAGAAGCCAAAGCACUCUCACCUAAGCAGUGUGCUGUGAUAGAGCUGGCUCUUGACACCAUCAAGCAAUACUUCCAUGCUGGUGGUGUGGGUCUGAAGAAGACCUUCCUGGAGAAGAGCCCUGACCUCCAGUCUCUGCACUAUGCCCUGUCCCUCUACACGCAGGCCACGGACAAACUGAUUAAGACUUUUGUUCAGUCACAAAAUGCACAAGUGUUCGGCGGGAAGGGGGUGAGGUUCACCACUAGUGAGGAUGUUUACCCAGACAAGGGCUCUGGGGUGGACGAUGCUGUGGGAGAGGUUUCCAUCCACGUGGAGGUUUUUACUCACCCUAACACUGGAGAGCACAAGGUCACAGUGAAAGUUGUGGCUGCCAAUGACCUGAGGUGGCAGACGCAGGGGAUUUUCCGGCCCUUUGUGGAGGUUUAUAUCAUCGGCCCUCACCUCAGUGAUAAAAAGAGGAAGUACGCCACCAAGUCAAAAAACAACAGCUGGGCUCCUAAAUACAACGAAACCUUUACUUUCACCCUGAGCAACGAGGUGGGCCCUGAGUGCUAUGAGCUGCAGGUGUGUGUGAAGGACUACUGCUUCGCCCGAGAGGACCGCACCGUGGGCAUGGCAGUCCUGCAGCUCAAAGACGUGGCCUCCAAAGGCAGCGCCGCCUGCUGGCUGCCACUGGGUAAACGCAUCCACAUGGACGAAACGGGCCUCACCGUCCUGCGCAUCCUCUCCCAGCGCAACAACGACGACGUGGCCAAGGAGUUCGUCAAGCUCAAGUCCGACCAACGCUCUGCCGAGGAGGGCCGCAGCUAAGAGGCUAAACAGAUUUACAAAACAAACUGAAUUGACAUGGCAAAAUCUGAUGUUGCCAACUACUGCCCUGGAGGUCUCCGAGCCUCUGCUAGUCACUGCCCCCAUGAUACAGUGUUGUAGAAGCACAGUCACAGUACAUACAGAAGAAAGACGUAGUGCUCAGCAAAGCAUCACUUUAAUUUUUAUCAAAAACAAACAAACACCAGUGUCUUUAUUGUUACAGAUUAUGAAGAACAGUACAUACUCUUUAAUGAUAUAUAUAUAUAUAUAUAUAUAUGAUAUACAUAUAUAUAUAUGUU